UCCUUUAUGACAUCCUCUACCUCCUUCUCUUUCUCUAGUGUGUCAUUACAUUAACACACAAUACUAGUACUUCAAAAGCAAAAAGAAAAGUCUGUUCAAAAUAGAAUAGAACCUCCCUCAUCCUCACUUUCAGUUUUUUCUCUCCCUUGUAUGAAAGAAGAGAGAGGAAUUAUUUUCUUUUCCUCCUCUCUAUUUUAAUUCUAGGACUGUUUCUCAUGGCCCUCUUAACUUUCUUGCCUGAACAAUCUAAUCCCAAAAAACAACACCAUCCCCAACGCAAAAGAAAGCAGCACCAGAAACCACAACAGCAGCAACAAAAACAACAUCAUGAGAAGCAGGUUAAUAAGCAGAAACCAGAACCACAUCAGCAACAACAGAAGCAGAAGCAGAUUAACAAGCAGAAACCACCAUCUUCAUGGGACCAAAUCAAGAACCUGAUCAGCUGCAAGCAGAUUGAAGGGUCAAGGGUCAUUGACCCUUCAAAAGGGCACUCCUACUCCAAGCUAGGUUCCUCUUGCAGUUCCAUUUGCAGCUUCAAGGAUGUUGUUCAUGGAAACACCCGAGUUGUUCACAGGUCUGAUAACUCUUCCCCUGAAAGCAGCACCCUGGGUCAGGAAACAGGACUCCUCAGUAGAAAACCAGCCCCACAUCACUCAACAUCAGGUUCUGCAGGGAAAUCAAACUGUAGAUCAGGAUCAGGAUCAGGAACCUACACCUCUAGGGGAAUGCAAUUCAGAAAGCUCUCUGGAUGUUAUGAAUGUCACAUGAUCAUUGACCCUAGCAGGCAACCAAUGCCAAGGAGCACUAUUUGUGUUUGCUCUCAAUGUGGUGAGGUUUUCCCUAAGAUGGAAAGCUUGGAGCUUCAUCAGGCUGUUCGUCAUGCUGUUUCGGAGCUGGGUCCAGAGGAUUCGGGUCGCAACAUAGUGGAGAUAAUAUUCAAGUCAAGCUGGUUGAAGAGGGACACUCCAAUGUGUAAGAUCGAACGGAUACUAAAAGUGCACAACACCCAACGCACGAUCCAACGGUUCGAGGAGUGCAGGGAUGCAGUCAAGUCGCGUGCGGUCAGCAGCACCAAGAAAAACCCUCGCUGUGCCGCGGACGGCAACGAGCUCCUCCGCUUCCACUGCACCGCGCUAACAUGCGCGCUCGGCGAACGCGGCUCCUCCGCACUCUGCUCCGCCGGGCCCAGCUGCGGCGUCUGCACCAUCAUCCGGCACGGAUUCCAGGGCGGGAAGGGAGUGAAGACCACCGCCAGCAGCGGCAGGGCGCAUGACUCGGCGGCGGCGCAGUGCGGCGGUGAGGGUUCUAGGAGGGCAAUGCUGGUGUGCCGUGUGAUUGCCGGGAAGGUGAAGCGCGUGGCGGAGGAGUCUCCGCCGCCGCCGCAGCCGCAGGAGGAGGAGGAAAGUGUUUCGUAUGAUUCAGUGGCAGGAUUUGCAACAGGAAUCUACUCGAAUCUCGAGGAGUUGGUUGUUUUCAACCCGAGGGCUAUUCUUCCUUGUUUCGUUGUGAUUUACAAUGUUCUUCCUUUCUGACCUUGAACUAAUUAAUUUGGAGUUAAUUAACUAUGUUUUCAAUACAUUAAUCAACAUUUUCUGUCUUCAA